CGAUAUGAAAUUUCUAUGUCCUGCUUGUAAACUACCAACAAAUCCAUGUUCUAUACUGAAUGACCUACACAAAUAUCAUAAUGAGAAUUGUCAAUGCCGUAUAAAUGCUAAUACAACAGGAAAUAUAAAUAUUUGUGCUGUGCACCAUGAUUAUUUCGACGGCAAAUCAUGUUGUAUAACUGGAAAUCAUCAGAACUCUUCUGAUUUGUAUACCAUGAAAAUAGUAACACCUACACUGAAUCAACCCUCAUGCAUGUUCAAUGUAUGUCCAUUGGAUUUAUCAAAUGAUAUUAAUUAUACACAUCUACCCCUAAGUACACAAACAGUAAAUAGCGGAAACUCUAGAAGUACAACAAAUGACUUUUUACCAACAUCAUCAAUUAACAGUAUUCAUUAUGAAUAUCACGCAUCACCUCAAUCAGAUCCGAAAUUUCGAUCAGAUUUAACACCAAAUAUAGUAGAAGAAAACAUUUAUACUACAAAUAAUUUAUGUAAUUUAAGUUAUAUACAUGCAUCACAAUCAAUAAACAGUAGUUCAACAGGACGUGUAUGUGAUGCAGGCAAUGAAAUAAGCGAUUAUAGUAAAGAAAUAACUACAAAAUCAAAUCUUAUUCAUGGAUUUUUAAAAAGAGACAGAAAAUUUGAUUAUGACAAUAUGAACGAUCAUCAAUUUUAUAAUAAAAUUAUUAAUAAUAAUGGUAAUAUUCUAACUGAUAAUUGUCCAUAUGAACUAAAAUCAAUAAAUUUAAGAACUCAAGAUCAAACAGAAAAAGGUGUGAUAAGAUCACCGUCUAGUAAUUUCUAUGAUCGAACUGAUUAUCAACAACGUAUCAAUAAUAAUAAAACUAAUAAUAAUUUCACUGAUACCGAUAACUGUGUUGAAUCACUUGAAAAUUAUGACAAAUAUACUGAAAAUAAUCCAGGAGACGAAACAACCAAUUCACCUCUUAAAUCCACAUUAGAAUGUAAAAUGAAGUCAUUUAAUCAGAUUCAUCUAAAUCCUCAAAAAUAUGCAUCUAUGACAUUAACAAACGAUAACACAUACAAUGAUUCAUAUUUAAUAAGAAAAUCCAGUUGUAAACAACAAUCAUGUUAUCGACAAGAAACAAAUCAACAAAUAGACGAAAUUAAUCCACAGUAUAGAAAUUUCAAAUCGAACGAUUUUAAUGCAAUCAUUCAAAAAUAUAAUUCACUAGGUAAUGCAUCAGUUGAGAGUCUUGCUGUUCCACUUAUUGAUCCGCCUCAGAAUUUUCGAACACCAAAUAAUGAACCUCAUUUAAAUGAAAUUGAUAAUAAUGCCCUAUCAAAUAAAAUAACAACAACUCCAACACAUAAACCACCAGAUGUGAUUUUGAAAAGUGGUAACUAUCAUGAUGAGGUUGAUUUAGAGCGUCCGCCUCCGAAAAUGCCACCAUUGCGAGGUAUACUAACUAAUAGAACUGCCAUGAAUGAGAAAAACACUGCAUUUUAA